UGAAUUUUUCUUUUCCUUCUUCUGGGUUGGCUUUUUAAUUUAUUGGGGUUCAUUAUGACGUUGUCUUUCUCCUUCCUACCUCAACAAACAAACCCGUAGCUUCCACCCCUUUUUCCCCUUUUCCUUUUCCUUGUCUGCAAUGGAGAUGAGGAUCUGAGGCAGGAGAUAUUUAUGGUAUGGGCGCGUGUGCUUCAACGCAUCAGGGCUGUGUGGGAGGGAGGUUGAGUUCCUCCAAGAAGAAGACUCGCAAAAGAAGAAGAGAUGGAUUCAGAAGAAGAGUGUCAUCUCGGCUAGCCAAAGGAUCAUUGGACAAACCUGACGUGCCUGGCUUACCUGAUCAUCGCUCCUUCGCCAACCCCACUCUCCAAGGAAGUACUGAGGAGGCAUGGUUUGACUCAUCUGCAAUAUUUGACUCUGACUGUGAUGAUGACUACAAAAGUGUUCCUGAUGAUGUAUCGCUGAAUGGGACUGAAGUAGGAACCAUAUCUGGUUUUCAAUUGAGAGAUGGCAGCCAUGGAGGUUCAACUGAUCAGGUUCAGAAACUGGGGGAUUUAUCAGAAGCAUCCGGAACUUCUAAUGUUCGGAUUAUUAGUUCAGAUGACAAUGAUUCGCAUUGUAAACGUGAUGGAAAUAUGAAUGAAGUAAAUCAACCUGUAUUUCUUGAUGAAAUCUCCUCAGUGGAUGCUAACUCCAACAAGGAUGAUGGACUUAUGGACCACUGUGGGAUUCUUCCCAACAAUUGUCUGCCCUGUCUUGCAUCGACCAUUCCUUCCACUGAAAAAAGGAGAUCAUCGAGUUCUAGUCCUCCUAGUACAAGGAAAAAGGCUCCUACAAAACUACCCUUUAAAUGGAAAGAAGGUCUUGGCAAUGCUAACCUACUUUCCUCCAAGACACUUCUGCAAAGACCAAUAGCAGGUUCGCAGGUACCCUUCUGUCCAGUGGACAAGAAAAUGCUUGACUGUUGGUCACACAUCGACCCAAGCACGUUCAAAGUACGAGGAGUGAAUUAUUUCAAGGAUAAGAAGAAGGACUUUGCUCCCAACUUUUCUGCAUAUUAUCCAUUUGGUGUUGAUGUAUUUUUAUCCCCACGAAAGGUGCACCAUAUAGCUCGGUUUGUGGACCUUCCGGCCAUGAAUUCUUCUGCUAAACUUCCAACUAUACUUGUUGUCAACGUUCAGAUUCCACUGUAUCCUACCACGCUUUUUCAAGGUGAAAUUGAUGGGGAAGGAAUGAGUUUUGUGUUGUACUUUAAGCUUUCUAACAGUUACUCGAAGGAACUUCCACCUGCUUUCCAAGAAAACAUCAGAAGAUUAAUGGAUGAUGAAGUUGAGAAGGUGAAGGGCUUCCCCGUAGACACAAUUGCACCCUUCCGAGAAAGGUUGAAAAUUUUAGGCCGUGUUGCCAACGUGGAAGAUCUUCAUUUGAGUGCAGCAGAACGAAAGCUUAUGCAGGCUUAUAAUGAGAAACCUGUUCUUUCUCGUCCUCAGCAUGAGUUUUACACGGGAGAAAAUUACUUUGAGAUUGAUUUGGAUAUGCAUAGAUUCAGUUAUAUCUCCAGAAAAGGCUUUGAAGCUUUCCUAGACAGAUUAACGAUCUGCAUUCUAGACGUUGGUCUCACAAUUCAGGGGAACAAACCGGAGGAGCUACCAGAGCAGAUCUUAUGUUGUAUUAGACUAAACGGAAUUGACUACAAGAGAUAUCAGCAACUUGGAGUAACUCAAGAUCAUCUAAUGUAAACUUCAACAACGUUUGAAUCCCAGAGUUGUGGUCCAUUAAAAGAAAAUCAUGUUUUGAAAAUGCAUUUGUUUUCAUUCGUGUUCGUUGGUAGAAAAAAUCCUGUCAUCUUUCAAUUAUAGAGAAUCCAAGCGUGUGAUGAUGGGAUGGCUGCUGAUAUUACGGUCAAGGAGGGUCCAUGCCUUCAACUACUUCAAACUUAUUGUUAGUUAUGAAUUAAUUCAUUUGGGUAGGGUUAUAAAAAAGAAAAGUUUUUUGCCUGGA